AUGAAGUCGUUAUCACCGGCCCUGGCCUCUCUGGCCAAUGUAUUCCGCGUUCCAAUGUCAAUGGCACCCGCGCGCCCAUCAGUCUCCCGCGUCUGCCACGAGAUCCUUCGCCAGCAACAAAAGCCCGGCCCAGUCACAGCAGCGCUGCAAGCAUCCUCGUUCUCGACGACAAGCGCAAUGGCCAAGAGAAAGUCUGGUGGCUCGACCACCGAUAAGCGCAUUACCAUGAUCCGUUACUUCCUUCACCACCCCCUAACGCCCCGUCCCCUCCGCUUCUCCCGUAACCGCUACCUCCGCCACUGGACCAUCCACCGUGCCUGGCAAUUAUUCCAAGCGCAGCAGCGCCGCAAGCAGGAGCUGGAGCUUAUGCGACAGUAUCAGAGUAUGCAGGAGGCUUGUGAGGAGCUGCGUACUGGUGCAGGUGAUGGUGGCAAGCUGUUCCGUGUGUCGAUGAACAAGAAGGGUAUCUUUACUGAGAUGUUCCCUAUCGAGUAUGCUCGUAUGCAGACUGAUUCUCCUCCUGCUGAGGGGUGGAAUUAUGAUUGGAAGAAGCCUGAGCGGAGAUAG